CUUGCACACACAUAGACACCCACAUGGAUUCUCACACACACACACACACACACACACCGACACACACACAUGCACACGCACACAUACACUCUCCCUUUCUCUCUCUCUCUCUCUCUCUCUCUCUCUCUCUCUCUCUCUCUCUUACUCUCUCUCUCUCUGUCUCUGUUCCACUGUUCCAGCCAGUUAGGCGGAGAGAGAGCUAGGCAGCAGCAGCAGCAGGAGGAGAAACCAGAGCCGCCAAAACACCAGACGUCUGCCUGAGCCGCUGGGGCUGCCUUACAGUCCUGGACCAGGGCUAACAGGACUUUUGUACAGUUUAUUUCCAGGAGCAUCUUUAGGGACUGAGACCUGCUCCUCCAGCUGCUGUCAACGCCACGUUUGGAAUUCAUGUGAAGAACCUGCAGACAGCAGAGUUACACACAGUUCCAUCAUUUAUUUGUUACAAGGGGAAGAAGUUUAGUUUUCUGGAAAACAUCUGCAGACCUUGUGACAGUCCUUCAGCUACUUUAAGCAGGUUUCAAAGACUUAAACAUCUGAGUUACUGCAACCAAAGGACCCACACACUGCCGGAUUACAAACAGUUUAAUGACCUUUUUUUGGCACACUUGAAGAAGUUCUGGAUUUUGCAAACUACCAACAAUCAUAUGAGUGAUUUCCAUAGUUUUAAGUUGGAGUUGUGGAGCACCUUUUCAUCACUUAACAGUCAACAGUUUUUUAAGGUUAUGAAAGAGAAGUGAUCUGAACACCUGCUGAUAACUCUUUAGUUUGUUUCAGGAGUGGAUGUGGAGUUCAAUCCUGUUUUUUUUUUUCUUUCUAAGGAGCACCUCGAGAUAAAAAAAAAAGUGGUUUUCAAGAAAAAUCAGACAGCUAAAGGAUGCACAAGUAGCAGGAUUACAAACAGUUUUAUCAAUCUUCCUCACAAAGGAGGAAGGGAAGUUUAAUCAUCCAUUCACAUUAUUUAAUGAGCUAAAAGGUCAUCACUUUAAGGGAAAAAAAACAGAAUACUAACCGUGGUUCUAUCCAGUUUUAUUUUGCAAAGGAGGAAGUUUGGAUUUAAGGACAUAUUGCAUUGUCUCAUGGACUUUCUGCAGCCAGAAUUUGUUAAACAGUGAGCAAAAAUGUUACCUAUUUGGAGUUAUUUGUGUAAAUUACUACUUCCAAGGAGAAUCAAGUACCUUUCAAAUUUCACCUGAAAAACCUAAAGGUUACAAAAUUCCUUUAGGUUUUAACUUCACAUUAAGAGAGAAUUAUAGUUUGUUCCUUUUGCUGGUAAGGAGAUAAACUUGACUGUUUGGGGUUUGAUGUUUCGAGGACCUUUAUGUGACUUAAAGUUUUUACCUUUAAGUAAGAACCCUUUGGAUCCUGGUCUCUCCAGCAUCCCGUGAGAUUUCCACUGUCUGCUGAAUCAUCAUCUAAGACUGCGAGGAGUUAACAGUAACUGUUAGAGUCCUGCGGUGGCUCAUCAGACUCCCCUCUUUCAUAUUUCAGAGAUGCAGGACGGCUCUAACAGCCGCCGCUGCAGCUCAAGGACUACGACUGCCUGCUGUAAAUUUGUGAGAAGAUAAAAGGUGACAGUGAGGAGGUGACUGCGGGAUUUGGGGUUGUUCUGCACUCCCUCGUAGAGACGCUGUAAAGACCAGCUUCAAGAGCCACUAAAAGGAGUUGAUCUCUCUGUCAAACAUCAAGGACGUCUUUUUCCACUGUUCAGAGAUCAGAGCAGCAAAAAACUCCACUGACACCAACAAAGUAUUUUUCUAUUUUCUGACAUCAAUGAAACUUUUAUGUGUCUAAUUUUCCUCAUUAGGUGCUCAUUAAGGAAAUCCUCUCCAAUACCAGGGACAUUUUCCAGCUUGCAGAACUCCCCUUCUGAGGGAUACUUUAAGUUUCUUUCUUUCUUUCUUCUGAGCUUGAUGGCAAGACAACUACAGAAACUACAGAUGCCAUGAGGAGGUGGCGUGAGGACGGCGUAGCAGAGAAGUCUGCUGGGAGUGUGUAAAAGUGUGUGUGCAUGCUGUAGAGUGUGUGUUAAUGUGCAUGAGAGAGUGUGUGUGGUGCUCAUGUACGUAUCCGUGCAUGUGUGUGUGCAGCUGGCUGUGUAUUUGAGAUGUACAAAAGGGCCCAGACGCCCACAUCACACAGUGCGACAGCGACCCGGCUGCUUCUGAGUUAUUUCCUGUUGCUCAAUACUUGUUGACUCGCUGUGAGGAAAAAUACAUCAACCAGUCGGAUAUGAGAAGGAAAAAUUUCAGCAUGAACAAACAAAAUUUUCAAAUAUUACUGGUGGGGAAACUGCAGAGCAAAGCUGGAGGUCGGACUGGUCGACUGGAACGUGCUGCUCUGAUUGGAUGAUUACUGCUCUCUUCUUUUUGUUUUGUGUUUUUCUUUUUUGUCCUGAACUAUUUAGGCUUUUCUGUUUUGGCAACACAUCAGUUGUCUUUUUGAGUUUUCACGGAGACACAUCAACCAGGCGUUGAUGAUGUGGAUAUUUAUCAUUAUUGAACUCAGAUUCUUGGAUCUUGGAUUACAGCUGUUCCACCUUAACUGACUGCAGAGCAUCAUGGGAGAUAAGAAAAAAAAAUCUGGUUCCUAACUGGUGUAGCAGAAUAUGAUGACGAUAUAAUUCUCUUUUUAAAAAUUUACUUUUUUACAUUUUAAUUAAUAAAACAUGACAAUUAAUAAUUAACGAAUAGUAGUGACAAAAGAAAAUAAAGUUUUAAUCAUCGACUCAUUGAAUGUGAGCUCAGAAGUAUUUCUCCUCCUUUUUUUUUUACUACUUUUCUUGAAGCCAUAGAUUUUUUUGGGGGGGAGGGGGCAAACUUUUAUUUCUGCACCAAACUUUUCAGAAUCUGGAGCUCUGCAGUUAGUUGGACCACUUUUAGCACUAUUCUGCAACUAUUCAGAAGACCUUUUGUGCAGCCAUGCUUCCUGGAGGACUGGUGUCAGGUGGAGGGGGUCGUGGCGGCAGCGGGCUGUGCCUGCUCCGGUGGCUGGGCCUCAGGCUGUGGUCCCGUCGAGGGACCCUGGUGUUUGCUCUGCUCUGGUUCGGCUCCUGGUUGUUCUUGAACGGCCUGGUCCUGGUCCACAGGAGUAUCCUGUCCGACUACUGCACCGACGACAAGAGCAAGAGGAUCCUGCAGAGGCUGUGCCUGGAGUUUGGCGAGGGCUCGGUGACGGGGGACAUGUGUGAGGACCUGUGUGUGCUUGGCCUGGUUGAGUACAAGCGCUGCCUCUACUAUGAGAAUGGGAAGAAGGUGAUUGAAGCGCGCUGGAGAGGAAACCCCGUCAUCCUCAAGUCCAAACUGGAAAACUUUUCAUCCUACGAACCACUGGGAAUCCUGGACUAUCAGGACACAGCAGAGGAGCUCUCCCCGCUUGAUGUGGUUUUCUACGCCACUCUUGAAAUACGAAACUCUCUGGGGCUGGCUGAAGAGAAUGAGGAUGAAGAGGGAGGAGGAAGUAACAGCUCUCUGGCCAGACUUUGGGGGAAGAAGCUGAAAAACAGAGAUAAGAGUUACUCCAGAGCAGAGCUGGCCUCACUCUGGUCUCUGCUGCAGCAGGAAGAGUAUACCUUUCUCAGAGUCCUGCAGGACCUCAGCACCCACGUUGCUAAGGUGUUGGGCUCCUGCGGUCAUUUCUACGCAGUGGAGUACCUGUCUGCUGGGCACGCCUGGGACCAGAACAUCUUCUCCCUGGAGGAGGUGGCUGUGUCUGGGCUGCAGGAUCCCGGAGCCCGCGGGAGGUGGACUGCCAGGGAGAUGGUGCACCACAUCGCACUGAGUUUCCUGGACAUGGUGUGGCACUUUGACAACGACUUCACCCACAAGCUGCAUCUGUGUGACAUCAAACCAGAGAACUUUGCCAUUAGGAAGGACCUGACGGUGGUGGCGAUUGACGUGGACAUGGCAUUCUUUGAGCCAAAGAUGAGGGACAUCCUAGACCAGAACUGCAGCAGCGACGAUGACUGUAACUUCUUCGACUGCUCGUCCUGGUGCAACCUGAACAAACGCAGGUGCAGCCCCCGCCGUCGCAACAGCAACCUGCAGGUAAUUUGUGAGAAGAUCUUCAGGCCAUGGUUUUCUCCCACACUGCUCGGGGCCAAAGCUGGUCUCCCUCUGCAGGUGGAGUUGCAGCGAGUGGUGCAGGAGUGUUCAGAAACAGAUGGAGGUGUGGAUGAGAAGGAGGAGGAUGGAGGAGGAGGAGAGGCAGAUCAGAGCAGGGACGUCCAUCAGCGCCUCUUCAGCAUCCUGACGCGCCUCCUCAAGGAAGGAGGGGCCUCGGGUGAGAGGAUAAGGGUCUGGGAGGAGAAGGGCCACGUCCACACUGCACUCAACUUCUGAGGAGAUGAAGUGGAGACUUUAAGGGACCUAUGAAGGACCCUAGUGAUAACAGAUCCCCACUAAAGGGAGAGCCUCAGAAAUACACAUGUGCACUCUUUCUACAGGAGGAAAAUCAGUUUCUUCUUUGGGAAGUUUUGAACAAAAAAAAGGUGGGGACAGAGAUGUUGAAACACUCAUCCUGGAAACUAAUUACCCUCAUGGAGAAAACACAGAUGUUUGUUUACACAUUUGCUGAUAGAAAAGUAUGAAAUCAGAGCUGCAGUUUUAGCCACCAGCAUGAUGUUUCAAUCCAGACUGAUUCUUAACAAAUAUGGCCCAUUUCUGUCAUUAUUACAUUAUAUCUGGUCAAAACAUUAACUAUAAAUAUAUACUAUAUGGCUAAAAGUAUACGCUUGUCUAUUUGGUUUGUUUCUUCUGGUUUUGGCCUCUUUGUUCCCCUAAAGGGAAAUCUUAACGCUGAGGCAAACAACAAUAUUUUAGACUAUAAUGUUCUUCCAUUCUGGGAUGAGAUGAACUGUGAUUCAGACCUCAUCACCAACACCAGUGUUGGAAUUCAUGUGUCUGAAUGGGAUCAAAUCCCUGCAGCAGGUUCAACAUCUGGUGGAAAGACUGAAACCAGGAGAGCGGAGGCUGGCAUACUUUUGUGUACAUCUUUGGGUAAUAUACACAAACCAGAUUUUGCAUCUCAGUUUCAACUGUUUCUUUAUUGUCAAUGUGCCUCCAGAUUUUUUUCUGGAUGUAAAAAUGUUUAAUAAUGUUGUGAUUGCAGAAAAUCACAUUGGAUUUUGUCAACGUCUUGACCAGGACUGUAGUGCUGAGUAAGCGAGCUCAGCAAUGCCUUAAGUGUCACCUCAUCAGAGGAACAUUUUAUGGAUCCUCUCAGGGGUGAAUUCACAGAGGAUUUUUGCGGCUGCUGAUAAAAUCAUGAAUUGAGCAAUGUAACCACUAUCUGCCCUGUCUCGGGGUCUGAUUCACCAAAGAUAUUACACUAAUUAUAUGGCAGCACAAACACAGCCAUAAAGUGUUUGCAGCUGACUGAAAUUAUCUAGGUGGUGAAGUAUAAAUGUUACCUUUGCAGAACAGGCAGAACAAUGGCAGAGUGAAAAAAAGUGAUCAAUGUUCAGAUGACGCGCUACAGGUGCAGAGGAAUUUCUCAAAACUUUAUGCAGGAAUUUAAAUGUGACAGAGAGAAACUGUAUUUAGGAUUUGUUGUCUGUUAGAACGCUUCAGAUCCGACCAACUCUCUUAAAACGCUAACAAUUUUACUGUAACUGUGUGGCUGGUAGCGCUGAUCUUUGUGAACUGGACUGUAUUUGCAGUGAAGCUCACUUGCAUAGAAAGGGGCCAAUUUUGCACCAAAUGUAUGCAUAUUACCUGAUUUAAAUAUGUGAAAAUAAGCACAGGAGCAUCAAGACACUGUUCGCUUGACAGUGCAGUUCUGGUGCAUUUUGUCCUUUGUGGGUGCAUUUGAAAAUUACAUGGUUUCCAUUUGUGCAGGUUUAGCAGCUGUAAAAAUUACAAUAUCCUUUGUGAAUUCACCCAUCAAAGUUUUUUCUUCCUUUAUGUAUCCUGUUAGUCUCAGUGAGAUUUUUUUUAAAAAUCUCUCGUUUGAAGAGAGACUGCAGUAAGAAAACAACUGUGUAGAUAAAUGUAAGCUGCAGACAAGCUGUAACAAUGUACUAAUUGUAUUAACUACUAAUUAAUAAGUAAAUAAGUAAAUAAAUGACUAAUAGCUGUCUUGGUCAUUUUUAGGCUUUCAGUUUGGGUUUUUAAAAGUAGAUAACUAUUAUUUGUUUGGUUGUAACCGCUGCAGUUUCAACAGUUUAUUCAAAACUGUAGCAAACAACGUACCCCCAAACUUAUAUAUCUGUCAUAUUACAACGCCAUCUCAUCGCUACUCAUCAUAUACUGCCACUUAGGUAGGACCCCGGCAUUACUAUAAUGACGCAGGGGCUGGAGCCUUUUUUGUUCUAUCUUGACGCAGAAGGGGUCGGUGGUCAGGUUUAGGCAACAAUACUACUUGGUUAUGGUUUGGGUAAGAUAGCUGAUGGCACUUAAUAUUAUCCAGCUUUGUGUGGCACAAAUGCGGUGGUGAGAAGGGGUAGGCAGUGAGCUUUAGGCAGCAAUACUACUUGGUUAUGAUUAGAAAACAAUUGCAGAUGUCACUAAAAACAUACAUGUCUUUAAAUAGCGCAAACACAGCUAUAAGUAGGUGAUCAGCGGUUAGGUUUAGGCAAAAACACUGCUUGGUUAUGGUCAGGGAAAGAUACCAGAUGUCGCUGAAAAAACUCCUGGCUUUGUGUGGCACAAAUGCGGCAGUCAGUAGGGGUCACCUGUUAGGUUUAGGCAAAAACGCUACUUAGUUAUGGUUAGGAAAAAAUUACGCAUCACAGUAAAAAAACACCCAGCUUUGUGUGGUACAAAUAUGUCUGUGAGAAGGCAUCGGUGGUUAGGUUUAGGCAACCCUACUUGGUUAUGGUUAUGGAAAAGACUGCCGAUGUUGCUUUAAAAAAAGCAAGCUUUGAGUGGCAUGAAUGCAGCUGGAAAGGAAGCAGUGUGUCGCUAAAAAAACAUCCAGCUGUAAUUGGCACAAGCGCUGCAGCUGAUGUUAUUUGUUGGUCUCGAACACUGCUCUCCUGGGUCAAAGUCCAGUGCUUGUUGGAAUCACUAUUAUGACAUCUGGGAUGCUGUCCAAGCCAUGUAUUUUGAGGCAAUGGGAGUGAGACCAGGCUGGAUAUUAAUUGUGAGCAGAAUUAAUAAUUCCUCCCUCAAGGUGUUCUUGAGAUAUUGUGUUUAUGAGGAAGAGACUGACCGGGUCACACUGACUUUGCCCUUUGACCACCAAAAUCAAAUCAGUUCAUCACUGAGUCCAAGUGGACGUUUGUGCCAAAUUUAAGGAAAUUUUCAUCAUUGUAUCCUAUUAGUGUAAAAUAAUUUUGCCAUAAUUUGCAAAUUAUGAGUUAUGGCCAAAAAAAUGUUUUGUGAGGUCACAGUGACCUUCGACCCCCAAAAUCGAAUUAGUUCACAGUUGAGUCCAAGUAAAUAUUUGUGCAAAAUUUUAAAAAAUGUCCUCAUGGUGUUCUUGAGAUGUUGCGUUCACAAGAAUAGGAUGGACAGAUACACCUACAUUCAUACAUAGGUAUAGACAGAAAACCCAAAAACAUAAUACCUCUGGCUACGGCUAUCGGUGGUAGGGAGGCAUAAAAUUGGAAUCUGUCACUAACACACAUACCUAAAGUAUGGCUGGGUGAUUAAUCAAAUUCUAUUUUUGAUAACGACUUUGGCUCCAAAUACUAUAAAAACAAGAUAGUUGAGAUUAAAUGAUUAUUUGGCGCAUUCUGUUUUGUAAUGAUGGUCCUGUUUUGACUUGUGUUAUGAAUCCACCACUUUCAUUUAUUUAUCUAUUUUUUUUUUACUUUUAUUUUUUUAUCAAAUUAUAUUUAAAAGUUCAAAUUAAUCUGCUAUCAAAAAGUUUUCUCUUAAAUUCAAGAAAUGCAUGAUGUUUCCAAAGUCAAUAAGUAAUCAUGUUGAAUAAUUCGGAUCUCAAAGUUGACCAAAAUAAUCCUGUUUGUUUUGUUUUUUCCCAAAAUUAAGCAGCCCUACUUACAAAGCCCUUUCGUUGCCCGACUCAGCUUUAUUGUAAUGAUUUGUGAAGACUAACGGUCUCUCAGGUACCAGGCUUCUGUAAAUAGAAAUAUUCAUAUGUAAAACUGAGUUGA